AUGAAGAUCAAGGCCCUUUCUCGGAGCGUGGAGGCAUACCAGCCUCCCGGCGCAAGUGCGCAAAAGCUGCCUAGAAACCUCGAUCCCGCCCAGCAUCCUAUGGAACGCGCCCGAGAGUACACAAAAGCCCUCAAUGCUGUCAAGCUCGAGCGCAUGCACGCCGCGCCCUUCAUUGGACAGAUGGGCAGCGGUUUUGUUGACGGCGUCUACUCAAUGGCGAAGGACCCGAAUUCCCUGAAAAAUUUUGCAUCGGCAAGUGGUGAUGGUGCGAUCAAGACCUUCGACCUUACGAGCCGAGACGAGAUUUGGACGGUGAAGAGCGCGCACACCAAUAUUGUACGAAGUCUGUGCUGGACGAAGGACGGAAAGCUACUCAGUGCGGCCGCCGACAAGACGAUAAAGCUUUGGGACCCCUACAACACGCCGAGCGAUUCCGCGCCGAUUUCUUCUUGGCUGGGCAAUAGCGGUUUCCAAAGUCUGUCCCACCACAGAACACGGAACGCCUUUGCGGCCUCAUCCGCGUCUAGCGAGAUCGCCAUUUACGACCUCGAGCGACACAGUGCAGCGCCCGAGAUUCUGCGCUGGCCCAACGCGACCGACACGAUCACCUCCGUUGCUUUCAACCAGGUGGAGCAGUCGAUUCUGGGAAGCACGGCCGCCGACAGAAGCAUCGUGCUCUGGGAUGUCCGCACUGCGAUGCCCCUGACCAAGACGACCAUGACUUUUGCCUGCAACUCUCUGUCAUGGAACCCGAUGGAGGCUUUCAACCUGGUCGUUGGCAGCGAAGACCACAACUGUUAUAUGUUUGACAUGCGCAAGUUCGACAGGGCACUGAACGUUUACAAGGGCCACGUCGCGGCUGUCAUGAGUGUCGAGUUCAGUCCGACGGGUGAGGAGUUGGUCUCCGGAUCCUACGACAGGACAGUCCGCAUCUGGAAUCGCGACCAAGGUCACUCACGCGACAUCUACCACACCAAGCGCAUGCAGAGGGUCUUCAGCACCAUGUUCACACCCGACUCCAAGUACAUCCUUUCCGGCUCCGACGACGGAAACGUGCGCAUCUGGAGGUCCAACGCCAACGAUCGAUCCGGUAUCCGCUCCGCGAAGCAGAGACAAGCCCUCGAGUAUAACGAGGCCCUCGUCAACCGAUACAGCCACAUGCCUGAGAUCAGACGCAUCAAGAGACACCGCCACCUGCCGAAGGUCAUCAAGAAGGCUGGCGAGAUCAAGAAUGUCGAGCUCAAGUCGAUCAAGAGACGCGAGGAGAACGAGCGCAGGCACACCAAGAAACAGUUCGAGAAGAGACGGAGCGAGAGAGAAAAGCCUAUCCUGGCGCGCGAGAAGUAA